AUGAUUGGUGCUUUAUUCAUAUAUAAUCAUAAAGGAGAAGUUCUCAUCCAACGAUUUUUCAGAGAUGAAAUUCCAAAGACAGCCGUUGAUGUUUUUCGCGUUCAUGUGAUACAUUCCAGACAUCAAAUUCGUUCACCCAUCGUUAAUAUUUCACGAACUAGCUUCUUCCACGUUAAGCGGGGGAAUAUUUGGCUGUGUGCUGUCAGCCGUCGAAACCUAAAUGCUGCUGCUGUCUUUGAGCUACUUCAUGCAAUUCUUGGUGUAUUCCAACAGCACUUAGGCCGUGUCACCGAAGAGAACAUUAAGAACAACUUUGUCCUUAUCUACGAAUUGCUCGAUGAGGCAGUCGACUACGGCUAUGCACAAAACACAGAUACCAAUAUUCUUCGGGAUUUAAUAACUCAAGCAGCUAUUCGUUCCGCCAAUAAGGAGGAGACGACCCAAAUCACCAACCAAGUCACUGGUCAGAUUAGUUGGCGUCGUGAGGGAAUUAAGUACCGACGAAAUGAACUCUUCCUUGAUAUUACAGAAUCAGUUAAUCUACUCAUGUCACCUCAGGGGCAGGUAUUGUCGGCUCAUGUUGUUGGCAAGGUGGUGAUGAAAUGCUAUCUUAGUGGAAUGCCGGAUUGCAAGUUUGGUUUCAAUGACAAAAUAAAUUUGGAUAACCGGCCCAAGAAUGCUGCAGCUAUCGGAACUGGUGAUGAUUUCGCCCCUGAAUCUAUUACCGGUGUUGCUAUUGAUGAUUGUCAGUUCCAUCAGUGUGUCAAACUAAACAAAUAUAGCACUGAUCAAGCAAUAUCAUUUGUUCCACCGGAUGGAGAAUUUAUUCUUAUGCGCUAUCGAAAGACUCGUGACAUCACAUUGCCAUUUCGUCUCAUUCCCCUGGUGCAUGAGAUUGGUAAGCACAAGUUAGAAGUCAAAGUGGUUGUAAAAGCCAACUUCAAGCCCAGCUUCCUGGCUCAGAAGGUAGAGGUGUGCAUUCCCACACCGAGCAAUACCAGCGGUGUUCAGGUCAUGUGCUCAAAGGGCAGAGCGAAGUACAAGGCUACUGAGAACGCCAUUGUAUGGAAACUUCCACGCAUUGCUGGAAUGAAGGAAUCUCAACUUUCGGCUGAAGUUGAAUUACUCCAAUCUGCCGAUAAGACUCAACGUGUCAGCCGAUCGCCAAUCUCAAUGAACUUCGAGGUUCCUUUCGCUCCUUCCGGUUUUCGGGUUCGUUUUUUGAAGGUAUUUGAACCUAAAUUGAAUUACUCAGAUCAUGAUGUAAUUAAAUGGGUUCGUUAUAUCGGAAAAAGCGGUCUCUAUGAAACCCGGUGUUAG